AACAGGCACGGAGAGCCCCAUGUCCAUCCAAUCAAGCAUCCUCGUCUUGCAAUUGUAUGCUCUGAUCUUUCAAGAAGCCCUGGCCUUCUUUUUUUGUUUACUGUUGAAACCAGUCUACAAGCUCUUGGAUAUGACCUAGAGUUAUUUUCACUUGAAGAUGGGCCAAUGCAUGCUGUCUGGGAGAAUUUGAGAACGUCUGUUAAUAUCCUGCAAGGUGGUUCAGAACAAGAACUCAAAGUAGACUGGUUAAGUUUUGAUGGUGUGUUCGUGAACAGUCUUGACGCUAAAAUUUUUGUUAGUAGUCUUAGGCUGGAACCUUUUAAUGCAGUGCCUCUGAUAUGGGCCAUUUAUGAGAAUGAACUCGGUAUACACCUUAAGGAGUAUGCAUCUAGUCAACAGAUGGAAAUACUGAAUGAUUGGAAGGAAACCUUUCGUCGUGCUGAUGUGGUUGUAUUUGAUGAUUAUACCAAGCCGAUGAUUUACUCUGCUCUUGAUUCUGGAAACUUUGUCGUUAUUCCUGGCUCUCCCAUUGAAACAUGGGAGCUGGAACAUUUCAUGGCUACACAGAAGAAAGAAGAUUUGCGUAAACAACUUGGUUUUAAUUUGACAGAUUUUGUUAUUGUGGUUGUGGGAAGUCCGUUCAUUUAUAAAGGAAUUUGGUUGGAGCAUACACUAGUAAUGUAGGCAAUGCUGCCCCUGUUGUCAGAGUUUAAUAAGGACAGUGAUAAAGAUGUGCCAUUAAAACUUGUAAGAAUGAGUGGCAACUCAAGUACCUAUGACACAGCUUUACAGGCUAAAACAAGCUUUAGAAAUGGGACUGACGAUGUGGAUGCAACUGCUCGACUUCCACUUCUUAAUGAUGCAUACUAUCGGGAUGCACUUUGUGAAUAUGGAACCUAUUUUGCCAUUGCAAACCGAGUGGAUCAAAUACACUAGAAUCCUCGGAUUGGUUUCCAAUCUUGGUGGGCAGCUGGGAAAAAGGACCAUCUUCACUGAUGCAUUCAAAAAUAUGUACAACCUGCCUGAAACAUGGACCGGCCUUCCACCUAUGCCAUUAGAUGGAGACUCCUGGUCAGUUCUGCACAGUUGGGCAAUGCCAAAUUCAUCGUUUAUGGAAUUGGUUAUGUUUGCUAGAUGCACAACACUAUGAAGAGCAUCGGAAGAAUGGUAGAUGCUGCCUGAGUGUGUCAAAGAUGGAGAAUCAGCAUUGCUAUUGCAGGCUUCUGGAGUUGCUUGUAAAUGUGUGGGCAUAUCACAGUGCAAGAAAGAUGGUUUAUGUGAAUCCAGAAACAGGUUUAAUGCAAGAGCAACACAGGCUAGAGAACCGGAAAGGUCAAAUGUGGGUAAAAUGGUUCAAUAUUAGUAGACUGAAGGCCAUGGACGAGGACCUGGCUGAAGUAGCAGAUUAUGAACAACCUGAAAAAAGAUGGCUAUGGCCCCAUACUGCAGAAAUAUUUUGGCAAGGAAUAUAUGAAAGAGAACGUCAGCAACAGUACCGUUUAAAGAUGUUAAAAAGGAGGAGGAGCAAGCAAAAAAUAGAUUGAAUGCGCAGUAAAUACAGGCAGAAGGCCCUUGGUAAAUACAGGAAACCACCCCGUCCAGAAGUUGGGAAUAGACAAAUGGAGGAUCACCCUGCUUAGAAAUACAAAACAUUGACAUCUUUCUAGCAAGUAAAUUUGCAGAUUAGACCCUCUUCUUGGCAGUUUACAGGCAACUGCACAUCUUCCAAACCAAGUGGCAAAG